GGGUGGGGGGUGGCGAGGGUGGCAGGAGAACAGGGGACGCUUCACCAUGGAGUAUGAAGUCAAGAAAGGGAAGAAGGGCUUUGUGUCCCCCAUCCGAAGGCUGGUGUUCCCCAAAGCUGCACGCCGGGCAGCCUUUCGCAAUAGUGUGAGUCGUCGGCCCCUGCACUCGAUGCCCCUUUAUCCCCCUGACUAUCUCAUCGACCCCCAGAUUCUGCUAUGUGACUACCUGGAGAAAGAGGUCAAGUUCCUAGGCCACCUCACCUGGGUGACUUCCUCACUGAACCCCUCCAGCCGGGAUGAGCUCCUGCAGCUGCUGGACAAGGCCCGGCAGCUGAAGGAGCUGCCACUGAAGACCACUGCGGAGCAGGACAGCAUCCUGAGCCUGUCGGCCCGGUGCCUGCUGCUCACCUGGCGCGACAAUGAGGAGCUCAUCCUGCGCAUCCCCACGCACGAGAUCGCCGCCGCCUCCUACCUUCAGGACGACGCGCUGCACCUGCUGGUGCUUAAGACCGGUCUGGGCGUGGACCCGGUGCCGGCGGGCGUGGACUGGGAACGGCGCCACCCGGGCCCCAACCCGCUGGACCCUCAGGACCCCAGCCCCGACGCCUACUGCAACCUGGUCAUCCUGGCUGUGCCCAACAGGGAUGCUGCUGAGGAGUCCUGUGCACUCAUCUGUCAGGUUUUCCAGAUCAUCUAUGGGGACCAGAGCAUCGAGUGUGUGGACCGGGCCGGCUACCACUACAUGUCCACACCUGAGCGGCCGUGGCUCUGCAGCCGCAGUGAGAGCUGCCAUACAGAUGGGACUUACGCCUAUGACGCCGACUUCAGCUGCUGCAGCUCCUUCAACGGUUCCCAGGACACAUUUGAAGCGUGCUACAGUGGUACAUCCACUCCUUCUUUCCACGGCUCACACUGCAGUGGCAGUGACCACAGCGGCCUGAGCCUUGAGCAGCUGCAGGAUUACAUGAUCACGCUCCGGAGUAAGCUGGGGUCCUCUGAGAUCCAGCAGUUUGCACUGCUCCUGCGGGAGUACCGGCUGGGACUGCACAUCCAGGACUUCUGUGCCGGCCUGCUGAAGCUCUACGGAGACCACCGCAAGUUCCUGCUCCUGGGGAUGCGGCCCUUCAUCCCAGACCAGGACAUCUGCUACUUCGAGGGCUUCCUGGAGGGCGUGGGUAUCCGAGAGGGCGGCAUCCUCACCGACAGCUUUGGCCGCAUCAAGCGCAGCAUGAGCUCCACGUCGGCGUCAGCGGUGCGCAGCUAUGACGGCGCGGCCCAGCGGCCCGAGGAGCAGGCCUUCCACCGGCUGCUGACAGAUAUCACGCACGACAUUGAGGCGCUGGCCCCUGACGACGAAGACGAUGACGAUGACGGUGACGGUGACGACAAUGACAAUGACAAGUCCCGGGGUGGGGGCAAUGUGGCGGAAGACAACUACCUGUAGCCUCUGCCCCCUUGCAGUCCGCCUCUGAGCCUUCCUUACUCUUGCCUGUGAGACCCCAUCCCUACCCAUCUUUGCUCCCUUGUUGCGUCCCUUCACCAGGGCUCCACUCCCGGGGUCUCUGACCCUGGCCUUUGUGACUCUGGCCCCUGAAGUACCAGAAUGUCCUGCAGGGGGCGGGCGAGGGCAGAUCCUAAAGGCCCGGGCUGUCACCAGGGGUCAGCAGGAGCCAAGGAGCCCUGGUCGGCUUCAGAACAUUUCUUCCUCCUCAGGACCCCUCAGCUUUUCCAAGGCUGAGAGAUGAAGAAGGGCUCCACCUGCUGGCAGACUGAGAAAAGAAUUUUGAGUCAAAUCCACACGACACAUACACUACUUUUUAUACAUGCAUUUUUUCUCAGAGACCUCUACUUCUUUUACAGAUUUGAAAACUGAGUUCAAAAAAGGGCAAGAGGCGUGAGGGAAUCUCCUGAUUCUCCUUUGAUAUUGUUUCCCAGUUUCUUCCUCUCUCCAUUUCAGCCCCACCUUCACAGGGUGGUCAUGGGAAAUUAAUGAAGGGUAAGACCUUAGUGCUGGGCCUAGCGCAUAGUUGAUGCUCAAUAAAUGCUGUU